AUGACUGACGCCUUUCGACGCAUUUUGCCUGGUCAUCAAGACAUAACUUCACCACCACCUGAUCAAGUCUUUCCAAGCACACUCACUCUGCGCGACUUACACACACUUGGAGAUUUUGUCAUACAGCCUACGGACAAUCUACUUCAACAUCUUUUAGUGCAAAAACACCGGAACAGGAAGAUGCGACCCACGGUAUACGUUUUCUUCAAUGUAUCUGCUAUUUCCAAGCUACAGACAUGGAAUGAGCCAUUAAAUGGUGUUCAUUUCGACGACCCCAAGUUCCUUGAAGAGACUCUUCAAACAUUAGCUCUUCUGCUCCCAUCUUACGAUGAACAUACCCAAAGCUGGUUUAUGAAGUAUUGCAAGAAGAUGCAGCGCAAUUUGCCACGCAACAGUCUACCUGCAAUUGACCGUCGUGCUGGACGACUGCCUUUUGCUUCAAGGCGUAAAGUUGGUUAUUACUACUGGCUCCCACGACUGCUAGAUUUGGAAAAGGAGUUUGCAAACUCAUCCCCGAGAACUCUGAGACAAUUCUUGCGUGACCGUCGGCGUUACCGUGAACUGACUCUAUACUGGGUAGCUGUCAUCGCCCUAGUGCUGACUCUGAUAUCAUCAUUGACUGGUGUGGUAUCCGCCAUUGUUGGUGGCUUGGCUCUGAGGGGGGGCAAAGAUGGCAAAGGGUCACUCGAUUCAGCUUGCUGUUGCCGCGACGUAGACUCCAUUACAAAUAUCUUAACGGUAGCAAGUGUGAUUACGGCGCCUGCGCCUGGGAUGACUCUUGAGCCAGCUCGUAUCAUAGAUCCAUCCCAGACAAUGAUUGUCACGGUAAGAAUUACUACUACAAUUACAGUGGCCGGGGCGUGA